CUAGUCAUCUCUACCCCUCUCCUCUCAGUCAGUCCUCCAUCCUCUACUCCCUAAAAUCCAAGCUCUUUCUUGAACUUUAAUAAACUUUAUACACACUCCCAUUAAUAUAUAAGCCCCAAAAUACUCUAGCCCUAUCUUAUUAGAUAGCUUUGUAUUCAAUUCUCAAACCCACCUCCCCUUACCCUUCCCCUUCCAUAAAAUUCAGAAACCCUUUUGCCCUCAGAUACCAAUCCUUCUCACAUUGGCUGUUUUUUGGUGUUGAGCAAAAUGGGUGUGAGGUUCUUCACUCUCCAAAUGAUCCCCAUGUGUUUUCAUGUCACGGGCAACCACCAUGUCUCCUCUUGCGUCCAGCUACAACCGGACGACGAUGAGGAGGAGUAUCAACCACCGCGCGCCAAGUUAGGUGGUAAGCGUGCUAAGAUAAGUGGUAAGCGCGCGGUGGUUGGUACCAUCAAGGUCGUUAAGUCCGACGGCCUUGUGAAGAUCUACAACAAGCCGAUUGAUGUAUCAGAGCUUAUGAGGCAAUUUCCCAAGCACCUAGUGUGUGCUUCCGACUCAUUUUACAUCGGCCAGAAAAUCCCAGCUCUUUCGGAACACGACCAGCUCCAGCUCGGCCGAAAGUACUUUCUGCUACCGAAGCACUUUUUCCAGACUGUGCUCUCCUUCGUCACCAUUGCCUCGUUCGCCACCUCCGGACCCGAAUCCGAACCCGAACAAAAGCCCUCGCCGGUUCCCUCCACCAAUUCCAAGAAUGCGUUUCUAAGAAAGGCCGCGAAUUGCGAGCCUUUUCAUAUACAGAAAUCGGAAUCCGGUUGCCUGAGAAUACGUGUCUCCGACGAGUUUAUAUCGCAAUUGUUGGAGGAAGGCAAGCUCAGCGACGAAGCUAAAGUCGAAGAAGAAGAUGAACAUGGUAAGAGUAUUGAGCCAAACAACAGCAAAGUCUGUACCACGCCGCAGUUACAGAAAGACUACUCGCAACUGGUUGGAUCAAGACAAUGGAAGCCGAGGCUCGAGCCAAUUAGAGAGACCCGGGAAACCAAGAGAAGAUCAAGACUUUCUUCGUUUGGGAUGAGAAGAUCAAAGAAGAAAUCUCAACCCAAUUCAUCAAAAGCAACACAGAGUUCAAAGGGUCCAAAGAGUCCAAAGAUUGCUACUUUAGUAAAAUCUGAGCACCAUUCCAAAACCAAGAUCAAGAUCAAAUCAUCAAAGAAAUGAUGACCCAGUUUUAGUUAGGAUUUUACUUCUAGGAGUUAGGAUUGAAUUGAAAUGAAUAUAUGAAUUUUGUACAUACAUGACUAGAUUUUCUUGCUCUCAAUUUGAAUACAAGCGAACGCUAUCACUUUCUCUUAA